AUGGCCGACUCAUGGCAGAGAGUGUCUCGGGAGUAUCGCGCUGCGGGCAUCCUGCCGUACAGCUUCGACAGCGACGGUCGGCUGCUCUUUCUGUUCCAGGCAGAGGCGAGCAAGAAAAAAGCGCGCGCGCGGAAUGGGGUGCGGGGGAAUGUGCAGCGAGGGAAGGGGGCAGGAGGGGAUGGAGCAGUAGCGGAGCGGUUAAGACGGGGCGAGAGCGAGGAACGGGUCGAGCACGAGCGCGAGGAGCCGGAGCGCGAGGAGCCGGAGCGUGAGGAGCGGGAGCGUGAGGAGCGGGAGCGUGAGGAGCGGGAGCGUGAGGAGCGGGAGCGUGAGGAGCGCGAGCUGCAGGGAAUUGUGGAGGAAGAACGUUCCAGUGGUGGCGCAGAGGACGCCGCUGGCGGCGCUGACGGCGCCGUUGGCGGCGUUGGCAGCGAUGGUUCCGAUAGCCGUGUUAACGCUCGUGGGGGUGGCGAUGGCGGUGCGGAGGGAGACGGCGCGAGAAGCGGCGAUGAGGGCGCUCGUCGCUUGACGUGCGUGGAGGCCCGUUGCGGGGAGGGAGGCUCGUGCGCGGGAGGCGGGGGAAACGCGCAAGGAUGUUCCAGUGCCCCGCGCGGAAGGGAAGCGGACGAGAUGAUCGGCGCGCGGAAGGAGGAGGAACGUGGUUGCGAGGGGAAGGAUGAGGGGAGCGGAAGGGGGGUUGCGGAAGUGGAGGGCGGGAGAAGGAAUGAGUGCGGCGAUGCGGGGCGAAGGGGAGCGGAGAAGAGUGGGAGAGGAGGGGAAGGAGGUAGGAGGAAUAGGAGAAGAGAGAGGAGGAAGAAGGGUGAACGAACAGGAGAGAAGGGUACAGGUGUUGAGGAUGGAACGCAAGGGAAUGGGCGAGAGGAGAGUGAUGAGCGAGAGAGCGAGCUGGAGGAUGGGACGGAAAAAGGUGAGCAACAAGGGAAUGGGAAGCAGAGGAAGGAGGAGCAAGGGGCGGGGCAGCAGGGGAAGGAGGAGCAGGGGAAGGGGAAGAAGGGGGUGGGGGAUCAAGGGACGGGGCAGCAAGUGAAGGAGCAACAAGCGAGGGAGGAAAGGAGGAGGAGGAAGCAGCAGGCACGUGAGCUGAAGGCGGAAAACAGGAGGCAGCAGAGGGAGAGGCAGAAGCAGCAGAAACAAGAGAGGAGGAAUCGGAAGCCGGAUCAGCAGAAGCAGCAGCAGCUGCAGCAGCGAGGGCGCGUGGGGCCGGUGUAUCUGAUGGACUUUGGCGGCAAGAUAGAGGAUCAAGACAGCCAUGCACCCACUCUCACCGCCGCCCGGGAGUAUGUGGAGGAGCUUGAGGCUGGCUGCGAGAAGCUGGAGGGCGCCAUGUGGCAGAAACGCGUCACUGAUGUGGCAGCAGCUCUGGACCAAUCAGAGGCGUUCUAUUGCAAGGCUAGCAAGUAUGUUCUCUUCCUGUGCGACGAGAGGAGUCUCAGGGAUGGCAGCAAGGAUGUGACAUUAGGCAGUUUCGGUCGAGUUGCCAUGCUCCAUCGAUACCUCAAUCAGCUCACCAUCACUGGAGAAGGCUUUACAACCAGCGCUUGCAAGCUGAAGUUAGUCCUGACUGCUCUCUCACAACCUCACUGA